UCUCUCUGGUCAAUGGCCAAGAUCCAGCCUCUCGCUGCCGCCGCCUCGCUGUGUUCCUCCGAUGAUCACCGGAGGCAGCAGGGCAGGCAGCUGGCGUACACGGUGUGGAUGAAGUCGCUCGUGUUCAACGGCAACGGCUGCACGGUGUACGACCCCGACGGCGCCGUCGCCUUCCGCGUCGACAACUACGGCUGCAGGGGCGGCCGCGAGGUCUUCUUCAUGGACCGUCAGGGGAACGCACUCAUCAGGAUCAGACGCAAGGGCUUCGGCAUGUUCAGAAGGUGGGAGGUCUGUCGCUGCGCCCACAACGGCGGCCAGGAAGAGGAGGCCACGCCGUGGUUCAGCGUGCGGCGGGCCGAGAAGGGCGGGGCCACCAUGGCCAUGCACGGCGGCGCCGGGACGUGCUACACGAUCGACGGGUGCUCUGCCCGCAAGUCGGAGUACAGAGUACGUGGCGUGGAUGGCGCGGUGGUGGCGGAGGUCGCACGGAAGCAGACGGCGGCGGGGGUGGUGCUCGGGGAGGACGUGCUGACGCUGAAGGUGGCGCCGGAGGUGGAUCACCUGCUCUUCCUGGGUUUGGUCGUCGUGCGUGGCCUCAUCAACCGCUCCUUGUGA